AUGACGACCUUAGUAAUUCUGUUGCUGCUGUCACUCACUUUGUUUAGCACUGCUUUGAACGCAAAUGCCGAUGCAUUGUCCCAUCUUAAGACACAGCGGUUGGACACCGGAGGCUUGAGCAGAGAGAUUUUUCCGGAGGGUUUUGUGUUCGGGACGGCCACAUCGGCAUAUCAAGUUGAGGGAAUGGCUAGCAAGGAGGGUAGAGGACGUAGCAUAUGGGAUGUCUUUGUCAAUAUUCCAGGAAAUAUUGUAGAUAAUGCUACAGGUGAAGUUUCUGUGGAUCAGUAUCACCAUUAUAAGGAAGAUGUUAAUCUGAUGCAUAUGUUGAACUUUGAUGCCUACCGGUUUUCGAUCUCAUGGCCCAGAAUUUUUCCAAAUGGGACAGGAAAGGUAAACUGGAAGGGAGUUGCCUACUACAAUAGAUUGAUCAACGCCUUGCUUGAGAAAGGAAUUACCCCAUAUGCGAAUUUGUACCACUACGAUCUCCCACUUGCACUUCAGGAGAAAUAUGGAGGUUUGCUGGGAGACCAAGUUGUGAAAGAUUUUGCUGAUUACGCAGAUUUCUGUUUCAAGGCAUUUGGUGAUCGAGUAAAGAAUUGGAUGACAUUCAAUGAACCAAGGGUAAUUGCUGCUCUUGGAUUUGACAAUGGCAUCAAUCCUCCUUGUAGAUGUUCAAAGCCAUUUGGAAAUUGUACUGCUGGAGACUCUGCAACUGAGCCUUAUAUUGCAGCACAUAAUUUGAUUUUAAGUCAUGCUGAAGCUGCUAAAAGAUACCGCGAAAAAUAUCAAACUAAACAGAAGGGAAGAAUUGGAAUCCUCUUGGACUUUGUUUGGUAUGAACCUCUGACAAGAGGAAAGGCUGACAACUAUGCAGCACAAAGAGCAAGAGACUUCCAUAUCGGAUGGUUCUUGCACCCCCUUGUAUAUGGAGAAUAUCCAAAAACAAUGCAAAAUAUUGUAGGAGAAAGGCUUCCAAAGUUCAGCAAAAGUGAUGUCGAGACUGUGAAAAACUCCUUUGAUUUUAUUGGUAUCAACCACUACACCUCUUUCUACAUGUAUGACCCGCAUCAGCCUAAGCCCAAUGUGACUGGUUACCAACAGGAUUGGAAUGUUGGGUUUGCUUUUGAACGUUGGGGAGAGCCAAUUGGUCGUCGGGCUCACUCUGGAUGGCUGUACCAAGUUCCAUGGGGCAUAUACAAAGCUGUCACAUACGUAAAAGAGCGUUAUGGAAACCCCAAUGUAAUUCUCGCAGAAAAUGGAAUGGAUAACCCUGGCAAUGUCACAUUUCCUGAAGCAUUGUUCGAUAGAGAAAGAGUAAAUUACUAUAGAAGCUACUUGAAGGAAUUGAAGAGAGCUAUGGAUGAUGGAGCCAAUGUGACUGGCUACUUUGCUUGGUCAUUGCUUGACAACUUUGAAUGGCUUUUGGGUUAUAGCUCUAGAUUUGGCAUGGUAUACGUUGAUUUCGAAACUCUCAAGAGGUACCCGAAGAUGUCAGCUUACUGGUUCAAACAAAUGCUUGAGAGAAAGCAGCAGUAGGAUCAGGUUAACUUGUUAGGGUUUUCAGGUAUUUUCCAUGAUCGUGUUUUCAUCUUUUCUACCCUUUAUCUAAAAUGAUUACUGUG